CAGAAUGCACCGCGCGCCUGACUCUAGAACGUUGGUUAUCCGGGGAUAUCGCUACUGCUAUCAGUGUAUCGUUCUGUCUUUUAGAAGAUUGACACAACUAGGUAGGGAAAAGCAAAGAAAGGAAAACAAAACACAACCCAAAAUGGCAGAGCUCGGAGCAGGCAGCCUGUUACAGGUGGAUCCUGCUUUAAAUGACCAAGAGCAGGAGCUGAACGAGCGUCUGAAGCGGCUCUAUCCGGCCGUGAACGAGGAAGAGACCCCUUUACCCCGGUCCUGGAGCCCCAAGGAUAAAUACAGCUACAUCGGGCUGUCGCAGAACAAUCUGCGGGUCCAUUAUAAAGGUCACGGCAAAAACCACAAAGACGCGGCAUCCGUGCGAGCUACCCACCCAAUUCCCGCUGCCUGUGGUAUCUACUACUUUGAGGUGAAGAUCGUCAGCAAAGGGAGGGAUGGGUACAUGGGCAUUGGACUGUCCGCCCAGGGGGUCAACAUGAACAGACUGCCGGGCUGGGACAAACACUCCUACGGUUACCAUGGUGAUGAUGGGCACUCCUUUUGCUCCUCGGGGACCGGUCAGCCGUACGGGCCCACCUUCACGACGGGUGAUGUGAUUGGCUGCUGUGUGAACCUGAUCAACAACACAUGCUUCUACACCAAGAACGGACACAGCUUGGGUGUGGCCUUCACAGACCUCCCACCCAACCUGUAUCCUACAGUAGGGCUACAGACUCCUGGAGAGAUUGUAGACGCUAACUUUGGCCAGCAUCCUUUUGUCUUCGACAUCGAGGACUACAUGAGCGAGUGGAGGGCAAAGAUCCACAGCAUGAUCGCUCGUUUCCCCAUCGGAGAGAGACUUGGAGAGUGGCAGACAGUGCUUCAGAAUAUGGUAUCCAGCUACCUGGUGCAUCAUGGGUACUGCGCAACUGCCAUGGCCUUUGCCCGAGCCACAGAGACCAUGAUACAAGAGGACCAGGCCUCUAUAAAGAACAGACAAAGAAUACAGAAGCUGGUAUUGGAAGGUCGUGUUGGAGAAGCCGUCGAAGCCACACAUCAGCUGUACCCCGGCCUCCUAGAACGCAACCCCAAUUUACUCUUCAUGUUGAAGUGUCGGCAGUUUGUGGAGAUGGUGAACGGUACAGACAGUGAGGUACGAUGCUUUAGUGUCCACUCCCCCAACACCCAGGACAGUUAUUCUGGUUCUCCAAGCCUUAGCCCCCGGCACGGAGCCACCAACCCCCACUUGCACAGCACAGGAGCAGACAGUCCAACCUGCAGUAACGGUGUAACACCUUCUAACAAAAACAAGAGCCACACCAAAUACCCCGGAGCUGGCUCCGCCUCCUCUUCCCCUUCCUCCUCACCCUCCUCUGUGAACUAUUCGGAGUCCAACUCCACAGACUCCACCAAGUCCCAGCCACACAGCACCACCAGCAACCAGGAAACCAGUGAUAGUGAGAUGGAGAUUGAAGCAGAGCACUAUAGUAACGGGGUGGCAGAGAAUUCCUCCACCCGCAUCAUGAACGGCACCUACAAGCACCAGGAGAUUAUGCAAGGGGAUGACAACAGCGUGGGAAAUGGAGUAGCAGAGGACAGCUGUGGCUCGAGGCAGCUGUGUGGGGGUAACCAGGCGGCCACGGAGCGCAUGAUCCAGUUUGGCCGCGAGCUGCAGGCGCUCAGUGAGCAACUCUCACGCCAGUACGGCAAGAACGCCAUGCAUAAGAAAAUGCUACAGGAUGCAUUUAGUCUACUGGCAUACUCCGACCCAUGGAACUGCCCAGUGGGCCAGCAGCUGGACCCCACACAGAGAGAGGCCAUCUGCUCUGCUCUCAACAGCGCCAUCUUGGAGUCUCAGAAUUUACCCAAGCAGCCCCCCCUCAUGCUGGCAUUGGGGCAGGCCACCGAGUGUGUGCAGCUCAUGGCCCGUGUGCGCUCCGGCUCCUGCUCAUUUGCCAGAGUCGACAACUUUUUGCACUAGCCCAAGUCCAGGCAAUGUUCAGGACAGUUAAGAAGAGGACUUUCCAGCCGGUUGCCAUGAGGAACACGCUUGUUUGAACCAGUGCAUUCACUUGCCGCAGGCAGUUCUGAUGAGAGAUGACUAGAAAUAUGGAGGAGAGGCUUCUUUUUAAUUUAGUAUUAUUAAAUACAAACUGUGUGACACUAUUUAAAGGCAAUUAAUUAUUAUUAUUAUUAUUAUUAUUAUUAUUCUGUUUAUCUAGCUCAUUUUUAUUAUAGUUUCUAUUUUGUCAGUUUGUUGUGCUCUCAUUGACAUUGAACCAGAAUUCCCUUCUUUGUUUUUAUGGGUGGAUUCAGUGCAUAGUGUUCAACACACACACACACACACACACACACACACACACACACACACACACACACACACACACACACACCCCAUAUUGCAGUAAACUCUUCUUCAAAUUAUAACAAACACGCCUCCCUUAUUCACAACUCAGGUAUUUCUGACAUGUCAUUUAGCUUGCUCUUAUAUACACGCACACACACAGUACCAGUCAAAAGUUUGGACACCCCCUAUUCAUUCAGAGGUUUUUCUGUAUUUUGUAUUUUCUACAUUGUAGAACAAAACUGAAGACAUCAAAACUAUGAAAUAACAUCUGGAACAUAGAUGGAAUGAUGUGGUAAGCAAAGUGCUAAAAACAAAACAGAAUAUGUUUCAUAUUUUAGAUUCUUCAAAGUGUCCACUGUUUCCCUUGAUGACGCUUUACACACUUUUAGCAUUAUCUUAACCAGCUUCAUGAGGGAGUCACCUGGAAUGCUUUUCAGUUGACAGGCGCCUCGUCAAAAGCUAAUCAGUGCAAUUUCUUACCUUUUUAAUCUGUUUGAGAUCAAAUAGUAAAUAAUAAUACAGUAAACAGUUGUUUACCCUGUUCAACGCCACAACUGUAGUAAUCCAUAUUCUGUCAAGAACCGCUCGACUAAGUAAAGAGAAACGACAUCUGUCAUUACGUAUUUUAAGACCUGAAGUGUCUUUUAAUUCAUAAAAAUAAAGAAAAACAAUUGAUUUAGAAGGUAUCCAAACUUUUGGUACUCCAUCUCUGUGUGUGUGUGUGGAGGCUAUUACACGGUGGCGUGAAGAUCUGAAGUUUCUUCGAGUGAUGAACAUAUUCAUAUUGAAAUAUUUUCAACACAAAAAGAUAAACGUCAUGUCUUCACGCCAACGUGUGAAUUUUCUUUUUAUUAUAUAGACACGUCCACAAACAAAAAGUACCCAAAUUUAUCAAAUCAAUUCAUCGAUUUGUUUAUGAGUGAGGAUAUUGGCAAUUUUUCUGUCCAUAUUCACUGGAUAUGAGCAAACGCACGCUCUGAUUGGUUACUCUACUACUAGGAUAUUGGCUUGUAGACCAUGAGUGAGUAGAGAAAAACAAAAUGGCAGAGCGCAUCAAGUCAGAUAUCUCACUCUAUCAAGUAUUUAAAAGAAACAGAAUUUUAAAAAAUAUAUAGUCCCCCCCCCCCCCCCCAAAAAAAAAAAAAAAAAUCUCCUGUUCCACACUCCAGCCCAGUUGGUGGCGCCAAACUGCCAAAAACCCUAAAGAAGAAGAAAACGGUGGCGCGUGUUACCGAAACAACUGACAAAAUAAAAACUUUACUUCUCCCCCCCAACACACACACACACACACACAAAAAUGGAAUAAAAGUAUUUGAUGGAAAGAACUUUUUUUUUUCAAGAAUUGUUAUUCUAGCAUUUUUCACAAAUUGCUCCUGUCAUUUCGCCGGUUCGUUUACAUUCUAAGCAGAUUUUAUUGAUCGAAUUUGCAAAAAAUAAAAAUGCUCUGUUUCUCAAAAUCCAGUGAAUGUGGAUAGAAUAAAAGAGUCAUUCCACUCAAUCUUGUCGUACAUCAGCUCAUGUACGACUCGAUUUCGUGGAAUAACUGUCAAAUAUGUUACUCGAUGUCCCGACAAAAACGAGUGGCGAAUUUCCCAGUAAAACGCUCGUGUCUAUAUAAUAAAUAAAAUAACAUAUAUUACACACACACUGAAAUUUUACUGCCGACUUCACCACCACAGGUCUGUUUUUGUAUUUGAUUGAAAGCGUGUUGAGGAUUUUUGAGAAGCUGUGCAGUUCCUGUGUAUCCCGCCUCCAAGCUAAUAGAUCACCUCAGGCACCAGCACUCGUCUUUUUAUUAGAUUUGAAUCAUACAGAUGUAUUGCAGACCCAGACUUGCGAAGUAUUUUUUUUUUUACAAAUCUUGGGUCUCUGUCACUUUAAAAAAAAAAAACCCUCUAUUUUAAUGAUUUUUAUAGAGUACGCUUCAGAAAUUAUGUAAAAAGCCCAGCUUUUAUCGUUUUUGGUCAGCGGUGCCGAAAUUUAACCUGUGGGUGUCUUUGUGUGGCUGCACAAUGACUAAAAAUAUGAAGUUUUUGUCAGAGAACCAAGAUUAGUAAUGUCAUUAACUUUGCAACGCUGUUUGAAGCGUGGAAACUGACUAAUUUGUUCCACUUCCUCCAUUUUGUAUUUGCUCAGAUAGUGUUUAAGAUGAGGGCUUUCCUCAAAUUACUGACACCAUCUCUACUGACUGUGUAGUUGUAGGUAUUAGACUGAUUAAAAACGACUGUUGGAGACACUGUACUUCAGCUAUAUAUAGUGGAAGAUCCGUUUAAAAAAAAAAAAGAAAAGGAGGGGUUUGGAGUUAUGGUGGUUCUUUUAUUUUCUUACCUCCUUUUUGGUUCUUUUCUCCAUCGCAAGCUUGCUUCCUUCCUUCACAUUUCUCCUCAGUCCAUUCUCUCACGGUCAUGCCAUCACAAGCUUGGACACACAAUAUUGACUCGGUCACUGCAGGACGUGACCAAAGCCGUCUCCUUUCCCUUAUCUGGGUCCGUAUGGACAAAAUGGCGCACAAAUUCAUCAUUUUUAUUCGACCGUACUCGCUUCUUUUAAUGUUCUCGUAGCCUCUGACCAUAGACAAAACCCAUUUUCUUCUCCAGUGCCAGCCAUUUCAUCAGCAUUAAUCAUUUUUCACUGCAACAAUUGUUACGUCAUUUAUUUUACACCGGUAUGUUCUGUUGUUUUUGGACAUAUUGGAUUGUAUUCUCAUUUAUACCUCAGCACAUCACAGGACGCGGCAGUAGACACACAGCCUGUGCAAUAGUGUGUGCGUUUGUUUGGUCUUUUCACCAAUCACGUCUGAGGGUUGUGAACCCUUCAGGAAUGGUCCAGAUCGCUGUUUCUCAGCUGUUGUCAUGGAGUAAUCCAGGCCUGCACAUUUUUACACGUUAACUCAGCCGGUUGAACCUAGUCGAGGUUUGUUCAUUAAGUGAUGAGUUGUGAGCAAGGAAAAUAUCCAAAUGUGCACGCGGUACUCCAAGACCAAGAUGGAGAAACACUGGUCUUCUGAAGUACAUCUAGUUCAAGAUCAACAUGAGCUAAAAGCCAAACUGUGGUUCACAAAAGAACGUAGCGUUCUACCCAUGUUCCGUGUUCUUGAUGUCUUUCUGGCUGCUCCUUUAGGUCAUACUUUUGUGCACUUUUCAGGAGUGCGUUAAUUCAACAUAUGAGUUCUGUUUCUUUUAUUCUGGUACAUGAAUCGAUGAUGCUGAGUGGUGUUGCAUGGAGACAUCGUGUAACAGAGCUAGAUCUAAAGAGCUCAUACUUUUUACUGAUCUGUACAUAGUAAAGCCUGUGUUUUAGGGGUGUGUGUUAUGGCAAAAAAAAAAAAAUCUCUUCAGGAGCUCAUCAAUGGUUAUCCACCCAUUUGAAAAUGGUCAAACAUAGAGCUGAAGCUUGAUCAGGGACCUACUAUAUACAAAUGAAGGAAAGAAUUGCGCUGAUAUCCUCCUAGGAAAAAUUUGUCCCUCUUUGCUUAUUCGUGUAGUGGCAUCUGUGCCUCAGUUGACGAAGGAGCAGGACAAAUAGAACUAAGCUGAUUACAACAAGCUGUGCACAAUUUACUUCUGCUAUUAUUUCAAUUUUUUUGAGUUUUGGUUUUAGCCAUUGUGAAAUGAAUUAGCCUCUACUUAGCAUGAACCUUUAAAUACAUUUUAAAAAUAAAAAAAAAAUAAAAAAGGAAAACAAUAGCUGAAAAGGAAAAAAAAACACACGUAUGUACUGGCAACAUGUUAAAGAAAUAUUGUACUCAUUUAAUUUUGACAGAAUUAUUUUUAUUAAAAUACACAUCCAUGAGCAUA